AUGCCUGUUUGCCAGGACGAGCCGGGUUUGGCGGCGGUGCUAGGUCAUGAAAUCGGUCAUCAAGUCGCAAGACAUUCAGCAGAGAAACUAAGCUGGACCGUUACGUUCACCCUUCCAUUUGUACUUAUUAUGGACAUAGUCUUUGGGAUGGGAACAUUCAGUCAAGCCCUGCUUCAAGUCGGCUUCCUGUUACCCUUUAGCAGGAACAUAGAAUCGGAGGCUGAUUUUAUAGGAUUACAGCUAAUGGCCCAGGCCUGUUAUGAUCCUGCAGCAGCUAUAGGCAUUUGGGAGAGGAUGAAGAAAGUUGGCGGAGGUGGUUUGUCUAUUGCAUAUCUGAGUACACAUCCAAGCAAUGACUCCCGAAUCACAGCUAUAAAAGCAUGGCUACCGGAUGCUGAACGGGUUUUAGAAAAUUCUGAUUGUCAUCAAACCACAUCGCUAUUCAAUCUCUUUGCUCGAAAAACACAAGAAUCGGCGUCGUGGUGA